AAAAUCAAAUGCAGAGAACCCAGGAGUGUCCCCACGUCUGCGGAACCCUUUGUACCUGCAUCUUUAUAUACGAACAAGAUCGCGACUUCUUUUUCCUUCAGACAUCGCCGAUUUCUUCUCUCUCAUCUGUCUUAAUCUGAAGAAAUGGCCACAGUCGAGGAGAUCUCCACUUUGGAGUUUAUGCAGAAGAAUCUCUUUGAAGAUUUCAAGAUCCCCGAUGGUUUCAUGGAAGAUUUCGACUUCGAUUCUUCUUCUCUCUCCGAUCUCUGGUGCGUAGAACCAGUGAAUCCAGUCCCUAAACAAGAACCUGAUUCACCUGUUCUUGACCCGGAUUCAUCAUCGGCACCUGUUCUUUCGGACAUGAAGACAUCGCCUCCCGCUCAGAACGAAGCGACGAAGUUGGAAGAGACGAGACAUUACAGAGGCGUGAGACGAAGGCCGUGGGGGAAAUUCGCAGCAGAGAUUCGGGACCCGGCGAAGAAAGGGACGAGAAUCUGGUUAGGCACGUUCGAGACCGAUCUCGACGCCGCCAGAGCCUACGAUUUCGCGGCGUUCAAGCUCCGGGGAAGGAAAGCUAUACUCAACUUCCCUCUGGACGCCGGAAAAUACGAUGCUCCGGCGAAUUCUGGCCGGAAAAGGAGAAGAAGUAACGGCGGUUCAUCGUCUCACAGGAGUUUGUCAUCAUCAUCAUCAACUGACGACGAUACCAUUAGCGACGCAUAGUAAACUCAAGAUUCAUAUCUACGAGUUUGCAUAUAUAUAUAGAUCAAGAAAUGUGGAGACUAGGGACGAGAAAUGCAUAUAUCGAAGUGAGAGUUAUUGCAGCAUCAAUGAAACAUCUUAUGUUGUUAUUGCAGCAUUCAUAAUGUUCGGAGAAUAUUAUCAAGAAUCAAAGAGUGUCGGCUUAAAUUUCGAAGAAGUA